AUGGACUUUCAAAAUGUAAAUCCAUUAAAUGUUAAAUUAAACAGGUUCUCAGGCAACUUGUUACCAAUGACUAGCGACGAUUCUCUGUUUCCUGCAGCGUGGAGGAUAUACAGUGCUGUCAUAUGGUUAAUCGAAACGAUUCAAACUACCGCAGUAAUUGCUGGAAUCUUGAUCGUGCCAAGAAAUAAGGCUUUGCAGGAUGCAACGGUUGGCUUAGUGGUCACCAUAGAAGUAUUUUUUUUAUUAAAGCAAAUGUAUAUGUACAGAGUCCUUGUAACUCAAUUAAUUCAAAAACUAAAUGAAAUUCUGUGCUCUGAGGAUAACACAUUGAAGAUCAUCGUGAGGUCCACCUUGAAGCCGGUAGAGAUUCCGCUCAAAUUUUAUUGCAUUGCUGGGACUGGAUCUAUAUUAGUGUGGUGCUGCAUGUCUUUCACGGUGAUCUUCGAAAAAAACUAUUUUCUCUAUGAGGAUUACAGACUACCAAUAGUUCUUUCAAAACAACCAUUCUCGAUGGAAAUGUUUCUAUUGGGAAACUGCAUUGCAACUAUUGCCAGCGUGUAUAUGUUUAUAAAGAAAGUUGCCUUGGAUGUUUAUAUGAUAAAUCUUGUGUUGCUGGUAACGGCACAAUAUCGUUAUAUUGCUGUGAAGCUCACAACAAUAUUUCGAGAAAAUAUUCCACAAGAUCAGCAUAAUAAAUUUGUAAAGGAAUAUUCUACUGUAGAUUCAUUGGCGGUUCUGAUGAAGAUGAAGGCGUUAUGUCGACAUCACAACACUGUGGUUCAAAUAACGCUAAUGCUAAAAAAAUUACUUUCUUUGAAUAUGAGUCUAAUGUAUUUGACUAAUGUUUUUCUUUUCUGCUUUCUCGAUAUUAUGCUGAUAAGUGCAGUAUUAGCAAAGACUCCUGUAGAAGGAAUUAUGAUAAUUAUGUAUAUAUCCGGUGGCUUAGUGCAACUUUAUAUUUUAUGCUCAUGCCUUAAUCAAUUACUGGAUGCGAGUGUAGGAAUAACAGAUAACGCAUUUCAUGAGAAAUGGUAUCAAUUUGGACCAUCAUUAAAAGAUAUGCUCAGGAUGAUGAUAAUAACUAAUAAUUUAGAGUGCAAACUGUCAAUCUCUGAAAGAUUUAGUCUAUCUCUGCCUUCAUUCAUGACGAUCUUGAAUCAGUCAUACUCGUUCGCACUUUUGUUUCUAAAAAUGAAAUAA